AACCCCUUGGAUGUAUGCGCGCGUACUGGGGCGUGCGCUUCUCCUUACUCGUCGACUUUUCACCAAAACACCAGAGUUCUCCAAAUAACCUAAACUAAACAGUCAGCACUCUUUGACCAUUCCUUGCUUGCUCUCAUACUUUUCGAAUCAAUCCAACGAGAGAAAUCCGAUUGAGAAUUGGAAUCCUCUGCUUUCUGCAACUCUAGCCAUGGAGUUUGCUGAUGCGAACUUGGAGUUAAAGGAGAUUCAGACACUGGAAGGCCACACGGAUCGAGUAUGGAGCCUGGCAUGGAAUCCGGCCACCGGAAUCGGCGAGAUACCGUCGGUAUUUGCCUCUUGUAGCGGCGACAAGACUGUAAGAAUCUGGGAGCAGCGCCCCUCCUCUCGCUCAUGGGACUGCAAGGCAGUUUUGGAAGAAACGCACACUAGAACUGUGAGAUCAUGUGCUUGGUCGCCAUCUGGGAAACUGUUGGCCACUGGAAGCUUUGAUGCCACCACUGCCAUUUGGGAAAAUAUUGGGGGUGAUUACGAAUGUGUUUCCACCUUGGAGGGUCAUGAAAAUGAAGUAAAAAGUGUAUCGUGGAAUGCAUCAGGAUCUCUGCUUGCUACAUGUGGUCGAGACAAAACUGUUUGGAUUUGGGAAGUAAUGCCAGGGAAUGAAUUUGAGUGUGUCUCAGUGUUGCAAGGACACACACAAGAUGUCAAAAUGGUUAAAUGGCAUCCGACUAUGGAUGUUUUGCUCUCUUGUAGUUACGACAACACUGUUAAGGUAUGGUGGGCAGAGGAUGACGAUGGUGAGAGUUGGCACUGUGCUCAAACUUUAGGGGAAUCUAACAAUGGUCACUGUUCUACUGUUUGGGCACUUUCCUUUAAUGCAACAGGAGACAAAAUGGUUACAUGUAGCGAUGAUCUAACCCUAAAGAUAUGGGGCGCGGAUAUUGCUAGGAUGCAUUCUGGGGAUGGUUAUGCACCGUGGAGCCAUCUUUGCUCUCUUUCAGGUUACCAUGAUCGAACUAUUUUUUCAGUUCACUGGUCAAGGGAAGGCAUUAUUGCUAGUGGAGCAGCAGAUGAUGCUGUGCGAUUGUUUGUGGAGGACAAAGAUGGUUUGGUUGACGGACCUUCAUACAAUUUAUUACUUAAGAAGGACAAGGCCCAUGACAUGGAUGUAAAUUCAGUACAAUGGAGCCCUGGGGUAAACCGACUACUCGCCUCUGCGAGUGAUGAUGGGACGAUAAAGAUAUGGGAGCUGGCAACUAAACCCUGAUUCGAUUUUUCUGAUCAGCAUGGCUCAUAUCCUCUUCAUUCAAUGGAUUCCAAAUGCGUACGAUGACAUGGAAUCCUAUUGUACCCCUGAUUGGUGGAUUUUGAGAAAGUCGAUAUUGUCCAUUAGCGCAUGCGUUUUCUAACAUAUUUUCCGUAGAUGAUAGCAAAAAUGUUGUUACAUUAUGUAAGAAGAAAAAUAGAAACGAAGGAUGUCUGCUCAUGAUUGCAUUCCCGGGUUGAAUAAUAAGAUUGAUUCUCUCUCUCUCUUUCU